GUCGCGGCGGGAUGGCUCCGCCGGAGCGGCGGCGGGCCCGCGGCCAUGCGGGAGCGGUACAUUCAAGGAACACUUCAGGAAGAACAUAUUCUGUGAGAGAAAAAGCCGGUCGGAAGCACAGGCCUCCUGACGUGUUUGAUUUUCCUGAUAAUUCUGAAAUCUCCAGCAGUGCCAGUGAGGGUAAGAAGGACACGGAGCCUUAUGAGACUUUCGACCCUCCUCUCCACAGCACCGCCAUAUACGCUGACGAGGAGGAACUCUCGCGACACUGUGGCUCGUCCGUCCACUCAACCCCUCAGGGAGAGACAGCACGAGGCAGUGUGAACACUUCUGAAAAUAAAGCAAGUGAAAAUGAAUCCGUACAAAUCAGCACCAAAAAGCCGGGAAGAAAACGUAAACCCAUCAGCGACGAUUCUGAAAGCUGUGAAACGAGUGAGAUACGAAGAAAAGUUUCACUACGAGAGAAAAAAAGUGUGCGGCAGCAUGGAGCUUCUCCAACCGGGAUGCCUUCGGGGACCCCAGGGACACCAGCCAAGUCAGCCCCACCCAAGAGGAGAGGAGACCUGCGUGGCCGGGCAUCGCCUGAGAGAGACACCCUGGCCACAUUGAGGCCACAGAAAGCUCGGAGAAAGAAUGUGUCUCAAGGCAAAAGAAGGAAACCAAGAAGAGACACCAGUGGUGCAGAUAUUUCUGACAGCAUGCAUAUUUGGUGUCUAGAAGGAAAAAAGAGCAGUGACAUCAUGGAGUUGGAUAUAGUUUUGUCUGCGUUUGAGAAAACAAUCCUGGAGUAUAAAGAAAGAAUAGAAUCUAAAAUCUGUAAAGAAGCCAUCAAUAAAUUUCAUUUGAAUAUUAAAGAAGAACUCGUCAAAAUGCUUAAAGAAGCCCAAAUGUGGAAGAAUCUGAAAAGGAAGAAUGCUAAGGUGAUUUCUGAUAUCGAAAAGAAAAGGCAGCGGUUGAUCGAAGUCCAGGAUGAAGUGCUUCGGCUAGAACCGCAGCUGAAACAGCUACAGACAAAAUACGAUGAACUUAAGGAGAGAAAGGCUUCCCUUAGGGAUGCAGCAAAUUUCUUGACUAAUUUAAAACAGCUUUAUCAAGACUAUUCAGAUGUCCAAGAGAAAGAACCAAACAUAAAGGAAACGUAUAAUUCUUCCAGCCUUCCAGCUAUGUUAUUUAAAGCAAGAUCAUUUCUGGGAGCUGAAAAUCAUUUGCAAAAUAUCAACCAUCAAUUAGAAAGGCUCCUGGACUUGGAGUGAAGAUGACAGCUCUGGUGAAAUGCCUGUGUAAAGAUUGGUCUUACGCUACCUUCUAAGACUGUUACAAAUCUUCUGGGGGAAAGGAGGCCUUGUCACCAGAAUUUAGUAUUUCUCUCAUGACUAAUGUUAAAUGGCAUCAGUUUGAUGCCAUAGUCUUUGCAUACAAUGUCCUCAGUAAUUCUAAAAUGUUGAAACCCCCUAAAUCAGCCCCAGACAACAGAUCUUAGGUAUAUAGCAGUUAAUUUUCAAUAAAACUAAUUUACUUA